GUUUAAAGCGCAACAGCCUGCGUACGUCAGCAAGCUGCAAGAAGAGUCAUAUGUCAGCAUUGCAACAAGAUGGCUGAAGUUAGUAAGAACGAUUGCCAUGCUGUUUUCAAACGCCUUCAUUCAAUCCCAACCAAUAAGUGCUGCUUUGACUGCAACAGCAAGAAUUCCACCUGGGCCAGCGUGACCUACGGUGUCUUUCUAUGCAUUGACUGCUCAGCCGUUCACCGCUCGCUCGGUGUCCAUCUCAGCUUCAUACGAUCCACUCAGUUAGAUGCCUGGACAUGGCCCCAGAUACGAGCAAUGCAAGUCGGUGGCAACGCAAAUGCAACGGUGUUUUUCAGGCAGCAUGGCACCUCAACCACAGAUGCCAACAAGAAGUACAACAGCAGAGCAGCCCAGCUUUACAGGGAGAAGAUCAAGUCGUUGGCCGCUGCUGCCAUGAGGAAGUACGGCACAGAGACUCUCCACAUCGGUGAUCUACACGUGAGCUCACCAGAGCAGAAAGAGGUAGAUUUCUUCAAAGAACACUCAGGGGAUCACAAGGACUUGAUGCCAUCGUCGAACCUCCCCCAGCAACAAGCCAUGAACCUGAGCUCCUCCCCUCCGGAGGAAGAGGUUAAAGUUCAACCUGUGCCCAUCAAGAAUGGACAGAAUGCACCGAGUGAAGGAGACACAAGAGAGCCAAGCGUAGACCAUGUACUAGGCACCUCUCCAUCCCAGUCAUUGGCCAAGGCAGAACCAAGGAAGUCAACUAUUGGCCAACGCAAGCCGAUGGGUGCAAAGAAAGGGCUGGGAGCCAAGAAAGGCAAGCUGGGAGCCCAGAAGGUGACGACCAACUUUGCCGACAUCGAGUCGGCAGCUCACCAGGCUGACCUGAUGAAACAGGAGACGGCCAACAGACAAAAGAAGACCAAGGAGGAGGAAGCGGCAAAUAUGGCCUCCAUGCGGCUGGCCUACCAGGACAUGACCGUUGAACUCAAGAAGCAGGAAGAGAGGAUGAAGAAUGCAGACCCCAAGAAAGCAGAGCAGAUGGAGAGAUUAGGGAUGGGAUUUGGGGGGCGCAGCGCUGUUUCCCACUCGGCCAUGAGUGACAUGCAAACCAUCAAGCAGGAGAAGCCGUCGGCGGCCAAGUCCCAGAGAUCAUCCAGCAGAGAUUUCUUCGACGAUUACGAGGACACCCGAUCGUCUAGCUAUUCCUCAAGAAACAAAGACGACAUUUUCAGCAGUCGUAAGGACAGAGACGAUGAUAUUGAAAAGGAUGACUGGGACAUACUGGACAAGCCUAAAGAUGCUGACAGCUAUGAUAGUAUCAAGCCUCUGGCAGACCGUAUGCCGUCGGGCAAGAAGAAGCAAUACGAAGCCGUCUCCAGCUCCACGGAGGCCCAGAAGAGGUUUGCCAAUGCCAAGUCUAUCUCCUCCGAUGCCUACUUUGGCUCUUCAGAGAUGGAUGCUACCACCAAGUCCAACCUGGAUCGCUUUGCCGGCAAGAGCAGCAUAUCCAGCUCUGACUUCUACGGGGACCAAUCAUCUUCCAGGAGCUCGUACUCCUCUGGGACCGAUAUGGCAGCCAUCAAAGAUGGCAUGAAGGACAGUGUGACGCAGGUUGCCGGCAGGCUAUCUCGGAUGGCCAACGGCCUCAUGAGCUCUAUACAGGAUAAAUAUGGUUACUAGCCUAGUCAGACGAGCCCUCUCCCGUCUUGAGCUGAUUUAUUGGUAAGACAGAAAUGCCUUCAAUUCAUAUUUCCAAGAGUAUAAACAGGUACAAACCAGGCACUUUGUAAUUGCCAUCAAAUAGGGCAUGUUGUCUUUAAGGAUGUCAGAUGUUUUUAUCAAGAUUGUUUGAGAACCACCUGUAGGAAUACGUGUUAAGCUGUUUGUACUUGAUGUCAUUGGCUGUUUCUAUUCAGCUACUGCCAGCUACUGAUGCAGAAGCCUAUGCCUAAUCACUACGUGACGAAACUGAUGCUUAACAAAAAACUGAUCAAUUCUCCAGAUGUUCAAAAUUCAAGCGUAUCCUAGCUUUGGGAAUGUUCUGUUCUUUUUCUGUAAAGUCUUGUCAAGCAGUAUCCACAUUUGGUCGCUGCCUGAACUCAAAAAUGACACAUAUCAUCAAAUUCACAUCAUUGCAAAUCAAUUUUGAGCUGUUGAAGUUGUAUUUUCAUCAGCAAGAGCCGAGGUUAUCAUUUUGGUUGGGUUUAGUCCCUUAAUCUGGACUGUCAAGGUUUUAAGAUGGCCUCAUUAAGGGCAGUAUACAGGCCAGAUUCCCCCAUUGUUUCGGAGAUUUUUUUCAGAAUUGGUUUCCCCUGCAGUGCUUUCUCCUGCCAGGACAAAGUGCGUAGGGCGGCAACUUUUGAGAAUGUUUAGGGUGCUGUUGAAAAGAAAAAUGGGCGAGAGGGAAGUGCUUUGAAAUGCUUGAGAAGGACUGUAGAUUUGGAAACUUGCUCUGGACGUGCCAGAGAAUAUCUGACUGGUGUUUCUUUUGGACUAACCUCACACUUCUCUGUUUCGUGCAUCUGACGAAAAUUUUCUGUACUGGUGCGAAAAAGGUCACAUUAUUUCAGAUGUGUCAAAUUUCUGCAAGGUUCACUGCACUUCAUUAUGAGGCCAGUUCUGCUAUUUGAAAUGUAUAUUAUGACACAGAUGUUAUUUUUGGUUUUGUGCACUGUAGUGUCAUUUAAUAAUGCAUGCCCACUGCUUAAUGCUCAAGUCUGAGGAGCGUAGACUCCCAAGGGACUGGACGUGUACUGGGGUGUUGUCUUUGGGUUAGCAGUUCUGAUUUUAUUACUUAAGGUUCUCUCAAAGUCAUUUUCAAGAUUUAUUUUGGGCCUUGUGUGAAAUAUUAAUAUGUGACUCUUGAUAGAGACUCACAGUUAUUGUGGAAGUGUGCACCCAUUCCUUAAAUGAAACUCUUUAAUUCCAUAGUUUUGAAAAACAGUUCGCAACAUGGAAGGGGAUCUUGUUUUUGUCUUGUAUUUCACCUAUAUAUUUUAUAAUAUAAGUCAAUUGCUUUAUAAAAUAAUGCAUACAUUUUAUCUCCAAUGUAAAUUAAAGAUUGAAACUAACCGCUAAAUAUGGGAUGAUUUGGAGAACUUGGAAAGAGUGGGAACAGAUGAAAUACAUACAGUAUGUCUGCAUUUUGGGUAUUAAACUAAACCGUAGCUAUAGCAACUCCACUGUGAUUAGAUGGACACCAAAGUUUUGUUGAUUUUGGUGAAAAUGCAAGAGCCAAGCCACCAGUGCCUGGGAUGGAGUGAGCUUGAACUUGGUUUUUUUUUUCUGUGUGAAUGUUUAAUGUUUUGCGCAGCUAAUUGAUUUGAAGGGAGUUGGGUAAGGGUCGUGACAAAAUUUAGCAUUUUUUUCAUUGGGAAAUACAUCAGAACUUGUUCUUUUGGAAAAGGGAAAUUUCUCACGAAAUCCCAUGAAGAAUGUCAGUGAUUUACCAUCUUGAGUCCUUGGGAAAUGCCAUCCUUUUGGACUACUGGGACAAACCAAAAUUUUCUCAUCGUGUAAAAAGUGUACAUCAACUUGAGAGAUCUUUAAGAUUACAUUUUAAAGGUAAAGGGUUAUAUGUGUAGUUUCACUUUCUUUCUUUAAAUUUAAAACUUUAAUGUUGCUAUAUUUCUCCUUAUUUUUUUUUGGAAAUAAGCAUGAUGUAUGUUGGUCAUAAGUUAUGCAUUGUGGAUUCAACUUGUAACCAGAGGAAAACUGAACAAUAUCCGAAAAUUUAGGGACAUGACUGACAGACUAGACAGCAGGGUACAAAAUUUUAAAAAAGUAAUUCCACUCUUUAAAUAGUUUUGAAGUCUAAAUAUUACAGGCAAGGCUCUUGGAAUGCAACCUGACCUUUUUUUUGUUUUAUCAAGGAAUGGUUGAAAUCUGAGGACCCGAGAAUCUUGGUUUAAUCUGCUCAUUCAAAUUGAUCGUGGACUUGUAAGCUUAAAUUUGGAAAGGUUUUGAAAGUCCUAGGUUAAGUGUAUUUUUGCUUUUCAUUAAUUUCAGUUUGAAUGUAGCUUUAUUAAUUUCACUUUUAGACCUUAAAAAUAUCUCGCUGUCAUACUUUGGAUUCAUUCAGUAAUCGUUUCCUUGCUGAAUUACAGAAUGACUUCAUGAAAUAUCAAACUCAAGUUUUUCCAAGACAGUAUAAUUAUGAGAAGAGUGUUGACAAAUUUACCCAACCCCUAAAGUACCGGUAUAUAGAGUAAAGUUAAUGUAACUUAACAAUUUAAGGCUUUUCAAGGAUUAAAAGGAUUUUCAAUAAAUAUACUUAUGUCCAAAAUAUCUUUCAAAAUUGUGUUCAGUUGCAGGGUUUUUUUGGGGGGGUCUGUAAACAAAAUUGUAAUGAUCCCUGUUGUCAUUUCUGUUUGCCCCACAAGAGUUACCUGGAAACCAUAAAACAAAUUGUUUAAUAAAUGUGUGUGACAUUAAUUACCAGUAAUUGGUGAUUAAUUGCCAAAUUAAUCACCUCAAGGCGACAUAUUAAAAUAUGCCAUGUUAAAUAGUUCCAUGUUGCAACAGCAAUAAAGGACUGUUCAAUAUUGCCUAUAUGAGAAUAAAUUGAACAGAUCCAACCAGAAAUACAAUUCAACUUUACAACUUGCUCUUUAUGGUGAAUUCCCAGUACAUGUACAUUCAAUACGUCUUCCUAUCAAAUAUACAAAAAUACAUCAGGUUAAAUACAACUUAUGAUACAACCAAGACUUAAAUUAUUGCAAUUUGUAUUCAUAGUGAAACACUACGUGGCGAUAUGCCUGGCUGACCUGGGUGUAAUUUCAGACAGCCGUUAACGGGAAAGUCAGUAGUACAUGUACCUCACACCACAUUUUGGCUUGGAAUUGUGUUAUACCAGACUUUCAGUGCAUAGCGCAAAAUAUGCCAAGGCAUAGACCUGAACAUCAAUUUAGCUCUACUUGAAAUCAACAAACCGACCAACAAGCCCCCGGAAUGUAAUACACAAACCAAAUGGUACAUGUAAAUCCAGGGUGUUGUGCAGGGUGCAUCUUAACAGAAAGUAGUUCUGUACAAAGAUGCAUAGGUAGGCACAUUGUUAACCCAUGAAAAAUAUACAGAAUGCCUGAGGCUAUGCGAAGUAAUACAACUAAGCUGUGCAGAACUGGAAGUUUAACUUAGAAGACAAAUUACCAGCUAGCAAGGCUAACAUUUCCUUAACCAAGCUUUCCAGAUGGGAAUUACUGUGAAGGACUCAGUUUUUCAAGUUUGUAUUUUCUUGACUCAAUUCGGUGUCAAUUCUCUGCUUCUCCUUGUUUAGCCUAGACUGCAGUUUCAUCUCCACGAAUACAUUUGGAUCUCUCCCCCUGUGCAAUACAAUACACUUUGAGACAAUACAGAGUUAAGCAUAAUAACCUUGACAUCAAUUAUCUGAUAUUUUUGGUGACAAAAUUGUCAC